AUGAAUUCUCGAACUCGUGACCAAGAUCACCUGAGUCUUAUUAUCUGUUACAUCCCCCGGAGCCUUCGGGGAGUGGUCUUUCUUCAUGAGCUUUGUUCCUGUGGGUGGUACCUGCUGUGUUAUAUCAGUGAUGCGGCACAGCGGCGUUUAGACGUGGACAUCUCUGCUGUCGAGAUGAAGGUACUGCUACUCGGUGUGGUAGGACUCCUGGGCUUCAGUCUGGCUGGAGCUCAGAAUGUGACUAAAUGCUCCCUGAAGAGUCAGCUGAAGGAGAAAAUCGACAACCUGCCAGAGAAAAUUAAGCAAGCAGGACUGACUGCAGACACCUUCGUGGCCAAGCUUGUCUGUUAUGUGGAGAACGGUUCAAACUUCAGCACCAGUGCUGUGACUGAGCUGAGUCAUGACCGUGGAAGUCCUGCCAGCGGGCCCAGCCGGAAGCGCCGCGACACCCUCGAUUUGCUGAGCAAUGGGGACGAAAAGAAGAACGCGACCCUUUACGGCCUUUUCCAGCUCCCCGGGGACCCAGUUUGCAAUGACAACAACAGUCCCAAUGUGUGUGGCAUGGACUGCAGACGCUUGACCGAUGACAAGAUAGACGACGACAUCCACUGUGUGUUGACUCUCAUCGCCAAAAUUGUCGAACAAGGCUUUGGAGCUCAGAACAUCCAGGAGUUAACAAAAGUGUUCAGGCUCAUGAUGCAGCCGCAGUGCAAAAACGCCCACUAUGACGUCUACUUCCACGAGUGUCACUAGUUUCUUACAGUUAGCUCCUUAAACGCCGCUGGACUGCUCAGGCUUGUUUCUCAGCAGUGAUGAAUGAAUAAAAGCAUGAAGCAUGUA